GCGUACGAGGUGCAAGACAACAUGACGGUCCUCGAGGAGGCUAUCGACUGGAUCAUCGCCGAGAGAGUGGACGUCGUGCUGACCGGGCUGACCACGGGUGUCUUCCAACUCUUUCUGGAGAGACUGGAAGAGUUUCGUCAUCAGUACGUUCCCGACGGCAUCUUUGCGGUGAAUCUCCCUUGGAUGCGAGAGGGGGAGCGAUGCUUCGGCUUGGGUGAGACUUGCAGCUACAUCCUCACAGGCGCCCAGCCCUUCGUGUUUCCGCAGAUCACCCACGUGAUUCGCGACGGCGUCAUCGGCUUAAAUGGCUCGGAGUACGGAGAACUCCUGGGCACUGAGCCGGCCUAUGAUCCGGAGGUGGGCUUGUCGGCCUUCUUGCAGGCAGUUCAGACUGUCUUCCAGUUUCGAGAAGUCAAGGAUCCGACAAACUUGCUGCACUCCCCACUGGAUCCAGAUGUCUAUCUGGCCGUGAGGGACCUGAUGCUCUCUGGUGAAUCAUUCGGCAGCACCUUUGCUGGGCCUGCAGCGUUCAAUCCGUGGGGACAGAUCAACGGCAUGCCCCCGCCUACAUCCACCAUCAAGGACAAUGAAACCCUGUCGGUACUCUUCCCACCGGAGUACGCGGACGCCCCUUUCAAUUACCCGUUGCCAGCUGCGCGGACUUGUGAGGAAGACUGGUACAAAGUUUGGAGACCGACCAAUGAAAGCUGCCUUCUCUGUCACGCUGACUGUCGACCAUGCCCUGCAAAUAGCCAGCGCGACGGUGAAGCUUUCGCCUGCAGCUGCCGCCGCGGUUUCUACGAGGGGUCGGACUCUGAAUGUCUGGAGUGCCCCACCGGGGUGAUCUGUGAGGCGCCAGGCUCCGAGCUGGUUAGCCUGAACCUCUCCAGAGGUUACUGGCGAUUUGUACGGGAUGUUGCCGACGUCUAUGAAUGCAGCACUGAAGAUGCCU